GUAGAACUGGAACCAGGGAACCAGAGGGGGAGAAAGUUGUGGGGAGCGGCUCAGCCUCGGUCUCUCCCCAGGCCUGGUAGGGGGCAUGCAACCUCAGCAACCAGGGGAGGGGAGAGUAGCCCUCUCUGCAUGUCCCCAGCUCGGGCACCGUGUCUCCCUCUCAGGAGCUGUUCCCCUCAUUGGGCUGCUGCUGCCACUCCCGUGGCAAGAGCCAUGGUCUCGGGGAGGGCCUUCCCGAAUCCCAGGCCCUUCUCAGGGCAUGCUUCCUGCAAAGAACAGUUGAGGGACACAGAGGUCCUGGGUGAGGGCAGCAUAGGAGGCAGUGAGCCCACCCUCAGCAGCCACACUGGCCCAGCUCCAGCCCUGCCUUCCCUCUCUCCACAGGCCCUGUGGCUCAGGGACCAGGAGUUGGAGGGGGCGUGAAACCACAAAAGCCAGGAUUUGGCAAUGGGAAUGGGAUGGGAGUUGGAGCCCAGCCAGGAUUCGGGAACGGGAAUGGGCCGGGAGGCGGCGCCUUCCCAGGAGCAGGAGUGCAACCAGGCCCUGCAACUCAAAACGGCUAUGGACCAGGCUUUGGAGGGGGUGUGGAGCCCCAGAAGCCGGGAUUCGGGAACGGCAACGGGCUGGCAGCCCAGCCAGUCCCAGCGACCCAGAACGGAUAUGGAGCAGGCUUUGGUGGGGGCAGGAAGCCUCAGAAGCCAGGAUUCAGGAACGGCAACGGGCUGGGAGGCCAGCCAGGCCCCGUGGUUCCCAUCAGCUACGGACCAGGCGUUGGUGAAGGCGGGAAGCCCCAGAAGCCAGUUUACAGCAAUGGGCUGGGAGCCGGAGUCUUCCCAGGCCUGGGAAGGGGCAUGAGCCCUCUGAAGCUAGGAUAUGCCCCAGGGCCUGGGUUGCAGCUCCCGGCAGCUCUUGGAGGGGGUGUGAAACCUCAGAAGCCAGGAUAUGGCAAUGGAAUUGGGGUGGGGGCCCAGCCAGGUCCCUGCAAUGGGAGGGUCCCUCCACUGCUGCUCCCCAGGCCUCCCACUUCGGGGGUCCCUUCUGACAAAGGGGGCGGCUGGGGCCCCAAAUCUCGGCCCCCUCCCCCAGUGCAGAAUGGCAAGUUCCCAGCACCGACUCCGGCCAUCCAGUGGGGAAUGAAACCUCAGAAAGCAGGAUACCGGCCCCCGAGCGGCUAUGGAGCAGGAUCAGAACUGGGCUUUGGUGGUGGCCUCAAGCCUCAGAAAGUCGGGUUCGGCUACGGGAAUGGUCUGGGAGCUGGGGUCUUCCCUGAGGCCCACCUGCAGCCAGACUUCCCUGGGGCCAAUGGCUUUAGGAAUGGGUUCGGGGAAGCAGCACCAGUCUACCCCAAGGCAGCCGCUCCAGGACCUGAAGGAAAUGGUCAGGCUGGGACCCUAAGGGGCUCUUCUUGGCCCUCCGUCCAGCCCUGGGUGCUUGCCCUGAAGCCUGGAUAUGGGGCUGGAGGCGCAUACCCAGGGGUCAGGAGCCAGCCAGGCACAUAUGGACAGCUGAGGCCAGAGCUGGGCCCUGGACCCUUCGGCAGCCCUGAGGUGAAGAGAGGUGGCAGUGGCCUGCUGGGAAAUGGCUAUGGAGGCCACUGUUCUCUUGGAAAAUGCUGAGCGCCGAGGCCCUUCCAUCACCACCCAUCCUGAGUGCCUCAGAACCACAGCCCGAUGUGGGUGAGGACGACCAGACCCUGGGGCUUGGCUUCUGGCCUGGGGUCUCCUGCGGGCUGAAAGUAUUAAUAAAGACCACGUGCUACC